AUGGCAGAAACUCCAACCAUUCGCAAGAUCCUCGCCAACGUUAUCCAAGCAUCCCGCAUUGUCAUACGUUGUCUUGCCAGCGGUCGGGAUUCCCAGGAACCUUCGCAACGGGCCUUUCUGCUACUAGUCGACAUCCUGGACCUGCUUUACUGUAUCAAAGAUCAGACCAGCGGGCUAUGGACGACAGGCGAUAAAUGGCUCGCGUGGAAGCAGGAGACACGGGUUCUCGAUCUUUACAAAACCCUGAAGUGGUUCGACUCGACGAUGAAAGCAAUCGAGUUGUAUUUCCAGCCUGGGGGUGUGGGUGUUUGUCACUUUAGGAAGCAUCUUUUGGAGAGGACGUUUUUGCCACGGUUGGAGCAAUAUAGGAUUGCUUUUCUGCUGUGGAUGCAGCCGGAAUCCAGCGAACGGUCUAGCUUGGCUCGUGAGAUCAGGGAUUGCCUGAAGAGAUUCCAAGACGUAGAACCUGCGAAUCAUCAAUUUAAUUUAGAAUUCGAGGAAGACGUCCACGGGAUCACCAGUCGAUUAACCUCGGGGCAUUUUAUUACCCUUGCAGACUUGUGCAACAGACGGCACCAGGGAUCGUGCAGCUGGAUAUUUGAAGAUACCCAGUAUAAGGAGUGGUUGCUGGGGUCGUUCAGAACACUUUAUUGUGUUGGGGCGCCCGGUGCAGGAAAGACGUUUUUAUCAUCCGUGAUUAUCGAUUCCCUCCAGAAAACGUUCGCCUCCUCUGACAUCGCGACGAUAUUCAUUUACUGCCAUGAUAAAAAGAACAAGGAGCUGUCCUCCCUCGAUCUUCUCCGCAACAUCUUAGCACAGCUCGUCUACCGCAAACGGAGCCUCUCCUACGCAACCUCUUCUUUAUAUUACUCCGAGUCUUUGCAACCAGGCCGUGCAUCUCCAAAGACAUACCAAAAUGCAAUCCGGGCGGAGGUUAAUCGGUACUCCAAGGUCUUCUUCGUGGUGGAUGGAUUGGACAUGCUACCCGAUAAGGAUCGCAUUCUUAGUCGUCUUCAAAAACUCCCGGGGCAUGCGCAGCUGUUGUUUACUCUGCGCGAGGCCCCUCUGAUUGACAUAGAUAGCUCUUUCGUACACGUUCGAGCUUCUGACGAGGACCUCCAAAGCUAUAUACUCUCGAAUAUCGAAUCUGAUGCGAACCUUGCAAGCCUUUUAAUGGAGGGUAUGCCUUCAAAGUAUGGACUGCAAUAUGAAGUCGUGCACUCCGUCGUGCAGAAAUCUCAUGGAGUAUUUCUUCUGGCAAAGAUUCACCUAGACCUCUUAUCAAGAUACACUGACCAGAGCCUCCUUCUACGAGCUCUCCACCACCUACCAGAAUCUCUGAGCGAGGCAUACGGAGAAGCUAUGAAGCAAAUUCUCAGCUCGAAUCCUCGUGCGGCCCGCUACAUUUACUGGACGCUACAUGCGCUCCGGCCUCUAACAGUGUCGGAACUGAAGUGUGCCACGAAGACUUCUGAUUCCGAGGAAAGUAAAGAGCAUGUGAGCUUCGAGCACGCUAUCCAGAUCCAGAGCGCUGGGCUCUUAACAGUCGAUGCCCAAACUGGUACCGUCCGCUUUGUCCACAAAACCGCAAGAGAAUACUUGGAGGGAGCAGCAGCGCGGGUAUUCUUUCCGAGUGCACAGAAAGAGAUCGCUGAAGCUUGUCUGAUGGCCAUCACCCCUGACGAGGUCGUUGAUGAUUGCUACAUCAGUGAUAAAGCUACGCCUCGCAGCGCCAGUAAGGGGUUCCUCAGGUAUGCCGCUACGUAUUGGGGCUACCAUGCGCGCGAGGUACCAGAAGACGAGCAAACGAUCCAGGUCCUCGUUCGAACCUUUCUCAAUAAGCUUCAAUGGAGACGCCCGCUUCCAAAGGAUAGCACAGAUGCGAAAGAGAUGCCGACAGAAAUGGGGCUGGGUAAAUAUCCCCCAGACUGGAGUGCUGUGCAUAUCCUAUCAUUCUUUGGGAUUCUCGGAAAGACCAAACGACUCCUUGAGCAGGGUGCCAAUGCCGACAUGAAUGACAAUUUCCUGAAACUCACGCCGCUACACUGCGCGGCUAGCCGUGGUAAUGAAGAAAUGGUCAAAUUUCUACUCGAUAGCGGCGUUGAUGGUAAUGCUGUUUCUCGGGAUGGUAGUACGGCGUUGCACAUGGCUACCCAGAAUGGCCAGCGGAAGUGCAUGAAGCUAUUGCUUUCGCAGCAGGUAAAUCCGCAAAUUGCCAACCACCAGGGAGCCAAAUGUCUCCAAUUAGCGGUUGGAACGGCCGCUGAUGAGGCAACGGUUCCAUUGCUGGUGAAGAAUAGGGCAGGAAUAAACAGUCGAAAUCUUCGAACGGGUGACACCGCAUUGCAUCUGGCAGUCAAAUGGAAACGACCACGAAUAAUUCUGUUCCUCCUGGAAAAGGGAGCAGCGAUGAAUAUGGCUAACGAAGAUGGUCUGACUCCGCUACAACUGGCAGCGAAGCUUGACAAUUGUGAAGCUAUCUCCUUGUUGCUUCAACGAGGCGCGCAACUAGAGACUCGCUCACUUUCUGGUCUGACAGCCUUGCAAAUUGCGGCGCAAAAGAAACACUGGAUUGCCCUUGACUUGUUGGUGAUCGGAGGUGCGAACAUCAAUGCAUGGACGCAGAAUGGAGAGACUUUACUCCACGAGGAGGCCAAGGAGUCCUCGAACCCUUCCAUCGCGGCUAAACUGGUCAAUCAGGGUGCGAACAUUGAAGCUCGCUCGUCUAAGGGAUACACAGCCCUCCAGUACGCUGCUAUAUCAGGAAACAAGACGAUGUUCAUGUUCCUCCUUGCCCAAGGCGCCAACGUCGACGUCCUAACACCAAAAGGAGAAACCCUCCUCCACAUAACUCCACCACUGAACAAUGACUACCUCAGCAUCCUGCAAGCCCUCGUUGACCGCGGCCUAAGCCCAAACGCCGUCUCCAGCCAGGGCUGGACGGCCCUCCACCAAACCGUCCACGCAGGCACCGGCGCGCUGGAUCUCGAAUACGACAAUACAAAAGAAUACAUCGAGUUACUACUCCACCACGGUGCCGACAUCAACGCCUACACCAUCUCCCCAAUCGCAGAAACACCCCUUCACCUCGCCACCCGCGCAAACAUCCCCCGUCCACCCCUCCUCUCUCUCCUCAUAUCCCUCGGCGCAGACAUCAACGCUAUGACAAACGAGGGCAAAACGCCCCUCCACCUCGCCGGCGAGCGCGCCCGAGAGCCCAUCUUUCGCAUCCUCCUCGGCGCCGGCGCCGAUCUUUUCCUUGAGAUCCCGGAUACCAGUGUUAAUCCUGAUGCGCAUGUGCCUGCAUAUGGGUCUGGGUCUGGGUGCGUGAGCGCGGGAAGCACUGCAUUUGAUCUUGCGCGUAAGAACCCGUUUAGUGUGCUUUGGAUUGAUGAGGAUGGAAUGAUGAGGCCGGUUCCAGAGAGGAAGAGGAGGGAUAGUGCUGGGACGGUUUUUGAGGUUGAGAAUGGGGCUUCUUCUGAUGGGUCUGAGGAUGAGAUGGCAGAGUCGACGCUUGUAGGCAGUGAAAAGAGUUUUGUUUUGGGUUAG